AUGGAUAGAGGGCAUGAUGAGAAAGCCAAUAUGCAUGCACUCUAUGAAGCAUCACGAGAUGGGUGUGUGAGCACCUUGACCACAUUGAUCCAAAGGGAUGCACUCAUCCUUGAUAGAGUUUUACUCACAUCUUUUGGUGAGACUCCCUUACACAUAGCUGCUUUGCUUGGUCACUUUGAAUUUAGUAAAGCACUUCUAAGCAAGAAACCUAAACUUGCAGAAGAGGUGGAUUCGCUAGGACGAAUCCCUCUUCACUUGGCUUCUGCUGAGGGUCACACUGAGAUUGUAAGAGCAUUGUUGCUAGUAAAUGCAGAUGUUUGCGUCAUUUUUCGUGAUCGAGAUGAGAGAAUUCCUCUCCAUUUAGCCGCAAUGAGAGGACGAAUAGAGACUAUGAGACUGUUAAUUCAUGCUCAACCAACGUCCAUCUUGGAGAAUCUCCACGGAGAUAGUGUAUUGCACUUGUGUGUUCAAAACAAUCAUUUGGAGGCUCUGGAAUUGUUAGUAGCAUCGGCUAAUGGUGACCAAUCAUUCCUUAGCUCCAAAGACCGUGAUGGCAACUCCAUAUUGCAUUUAGCAGUGAUGCUCAAGCAAAUGAAGGUCAUAAAUUACUUGCUUUCAGUACCAGAAAUAAAAAGAGAGGCUAAUUCCAAGAACAAGUAUGGUCAAACAGCUUUAGAUGUCUUAGAUGUCUUAGAGGCCUCUAACGUUUAUCCAAGAGAUUUUAAAUAUGCUGAAAUCAAAAACAUUCUAAAGGAAGCCGGUGUCAAAAGAUCAAUUGAUGAUCAAUCAUGGGUUAAGAGAGGGUGGAGGUGCAUUUGUUCUUCAUUAGGUAGACGCUUGAAGCACCAAGGAAAUUGGAUCGAUGAAACACGUGGCACUUUGAUGGUAGUGGCCACUGUGAUGGCAACCAUGGCUUUCCAAGUCGGGAUCAACCCACCAGGUGGCGUUUGGCAAGAUGAUGCAAAAGGUAAGCCUUCUAGGGAAGAAGACAUAUGUUAUGCUGGCACAGCGAUUUUAUCUUGUUCGUUACCAGAAGUCUACCAACUCAUGUUAAAAUUCAAUACCACCUCUUUCAUUGCAUCUGUGUGCGUCGUACUCUUGGUCAUUAGUGGAUUUCCUCUUACAAGCAAGUUCUCUGUAUGGUUAUUAUCAUUAACCAUGACUACCUCAGUUGUGUUCAUGACACUUACCUAUCUGUUUGCACUAGAUUUGAUUACAUCGUUUGACGUUUUAGAUAAUAUUAACAAGUUCGCCGACAAUGUAACAAAAGUUUGGAUUGGAGUGGUUGUGAUUACUGGCGUAAUUCAAAUAAUUCGCCCACUCUAUUGGAUGGUGAAUAAGUUGCGCAAUUUCAAACGCAAGUCAACAAAGGCUCCAGCAAAAGUCCCAGCUAAUGUCUAA